AUGUCGAAGAGGAACCGCACCCUUGACAGCUUCUUUGGCGCACCUGCAAGCAAGAAGCUGAAGCCUGAAGAAGUCGUCACGAAUAAAGGCGAAGAAGAAGAGGCAACUCACCUCUCGAACGAGGUCUCCAGUCACUCUACGUACCCAUUCCCGCUGCCAGAUCUGCCGCCAGAUAUUCGCGAAACGUUGAACUUUGUGCCGGCCUCGGAUGGGCAAACGAUCAAUGACCGCCCAGAUUUGGAUCUCCUCUACUUCCAGCCGUACAUUCCCAAGGAGAUCGUUCGGGAGCUCUAUGAAUUCUUCAGGCGCGAGUUGUUCUUCUACCGAGUAAAGUACACAAUAAAACGUGGACCGACAGAGACACAAAUCAACACGCCUCGGUUCACGACUGUCUUUGGCCUGGACGAGACCGCGCGCUUCGAUGAGAAUGGCACAGUCAUAGACGCUGCCAAUGGGACACCUUUGCCGAAGGGUAGUUACAAGUGCAAUCCACGACCGAUCCCACGAUGCUUAGAAGUGCUCAGAGAACUCACACAGAACGCAACGGGCUGUACGUUCAACUUCGCGCUGGUCAACUACUAUUCGAGCGGUAACGACAGCAUCUCAUACCACAGCGACGAUGAACGUUUUCUAGGUGUCGAUCCGGCCAUUGCGUCGUUCUCGCUAGGUGCGAAAAGAGACUUCCUUCUCAAACAUAAACCCACGCCGGGCAAGCAUGAAUCUGAAAGCAAACCCAUGAAGUUCACGUUGGCUUCGGGAGAUAUGGUCUUGAUGAGAGGCAAAACACAAAGCAAUUGGCUGCACAGUAUUCCGAAGAGGAAGGGGGGUGAUGCUGACAAAGGAAGAAUCAACAUCACACUUAGAAGAGCUAUGGUAAAAGGAGGCACAGAGAACUACUAUAGGUACAAUGUUGGCGAAGGCGAGGUGUACAAAUGGCAUCCAGAGAAGCGCGAGAUGAUGCCCUGGACGCCUUGA